AUGAUUUCCGUUGCUUUGCAAGCCAACGAUGAGGGCGACAAUCAAACAGCAGGUCCAACCUUGCCUUUCAUUAAUGGUGUUUGGGUGGCUGAAGGAUUCAAACUUAAACCUUCUUUUGAAGAAGUUAUCAGAGGCGUUUACAGUGCCACAGCCAAAGAGGUUGACUUCAUGAAUAAGAGUGAUCAAGUGAGAGAUGAAAUAAAUAGAUGGGCUGAGAAUGCGACCAAUGGACUCAUAAAAAAUCUUCUCCCAGAAAGGGGUUUGGAAAGAGAAAUAGUUUUGAUUCUCAUAAAUGCACUCUACUUCAAAGGCGCAUGGACGGAAAAAAUUGAUGCCUCAAGAACUGAAUACAGAGACUUCUACCUUCUCAAUGGCCAGACUGUUCAUGUUCCCUUCAUGACUAGUCGAAAACAUACAUAUCAUUUUUACGGAUCCUUUGAUGGUUUUAAAAGUCUGAAAAUCCCUUACAGAAAUGGUCAAGACACCAGGAAAUUCUCCAUGUACUUCUUUCUUCCAGACGCAGUUUAUGGUUUUGAGAACUUGUACGACGCCGUUUCAACAUUCACUCACACACAGUUCAAUUUACAAAAAAGAAGACCUUUUAGCUUUUGGAUCCCCAAAUUUAAGUUUUCAUUUAAUUUUGAAGCUUCGAAAAGAUUGUUCCACAAGUCUUAUAUUGAGUUAAUGAAGAACGGACUGAAGUAG